AACAAUCUUAUUCUGCAUCUACAAAUAAUAGACCGUAGUACUUCGGACUUGAGGAAAUCCCAUCACUUCAUUUGUGCUACUGAUCCUUCCUCCCACAUGUACGUCUACCGCUGAAAAACCGCUGAAAAAAGGGAUAUGGCGCAGAUGGGUCAAAAGUUUAUUAUCAUCCACGGCCAUAGCGUUCAUAUUGCACCCUGGUCCGUCUGAUCCACAAAGUUAAGCGAACGAGCGCUAGGUGUCGGGGUGUCUGUGUCAACUGAAAGGGGAAACAUCAUCGAUGUGCUGAGGAUCGACGAGACUUCUUGAUGACGUGGUCGAAAGGCAAGAAGGCAUGGAUAAUAUGGUCAUGGUCAAAAGUCACUGGCGUGAUCGCCAGGGAAACAGAUGAGGACCGAACGUUCUUUCUCCGACUCGCCGGGAGACGUUCAAUGCAUGUAAAUGCUUUCAAGAAGCUAGCAUAAUAAGGCCCUGCAUUGUCCAAAACGGAAUUGCCCACCCAGCUACAGCCAUGAAAGCCCAAAGAUGUACUGUAUGUGCCGGCCGACCACCGGAGAGAGAUUUCAAUCUGUUCAUUUAUUUGAUUUCUUUUUGGGAUGUGUGCAUUACUGGAUUGUCGACCCACCUAAGAUGUAUUUAUUCAGAUGCCUUCCUCAUAGAAUAUCAUUUAUUCAGAUGCCUUCCUCAUAGAAUAUCAGUUGCCGGUGUCGCUCAACGUCAUUUCGGCGUGUCCGUGGCCCCUUCCUUUGACGCUGUGUGUCCUUGGCACAUCGUUCGCCUGGCAUUAUUAUACUAUCUACCAUCUGCUUAUUGUCAUUCAUCUUUUCAGUUGAAUCUACUUCCCAGCUCACAUUCAAUGUCUGAUUACGAAGACGAGUACUACCAGCCGGAAGAGCGUGAGGUCGAAUACAGAGAUGAAGACGACGAGCGCGGAUACGAGAGAUACGAGUCGCCGCCCCGCUCUCCGGCUCGCAGUAGCAGCAGUAGCAGCGGCGGUGGUCGCGAAAGUCGUCACAGCGAUUCCUCGGAAGAAGACGGACGUCACAGUGAUGGGGACUAUCGUCCGGUGCAGGGGUCAGUCGGUCUCGGCAAUGUAGCGGCCGUGGGCAUUAUGACCGGAAUGAUGGGCAAUUUGAUGGGCGGUGGAAAUGGAACAUCCAAUCGCGAGACUGGAGGCAAUUAUUAUCAAGCACCUUCUGGACAAUAUCAAAACGGCUACAACGGCUGUCAAAAUGAUUAUCAGCAAGCGGGCUACGGUCAGAAUGGGUACGGACAAGAAGGUUAUGGCAAUCAACAACAAGGUUACGGGGGGAACGAAUACCGUGAUGCAGGAUACGGCAGUGAUUAUCCUCACCCUGGGCCUCCUCCUCAGCAGUACGAGCCGACUAACGCCGGGUACGCCCCUCCGCCACCUCUUUAUGCUGGUCGACAGCAACACUAUGGUGAUUAUCGCGCAAAUGAAGGCGAUGAUGGAGGGCCUCACCCUCAGCAUUUCGGUCCUGAAUUCCAUGACAGUCAAACCGGUGAAGUUGCUCAGGCAUACUUUGAGUAUUCCAGAUGUAAUGGCCGGAGGAAGGCUCUUCUUAUCGGUAUAAACUAUAUUGGAUCCAGUGCUCAGCUCGCUGGCUGUAUCAACGACGUCCACAAUGUCCAAAAGUUUAUUACAGAGCGAUAUGGCUAUCAGCUUGACGACAUUGUUAUGCUCACUGAUGAUAACAACGACGCGAGGACUAUGCCUACGAGGGACAACAUAAUCAAAGCGAUGAAGUGGCUUGUUGAUGGAGCUCAGAGGGAUGAUGCUUUGUUCUUUCAUUAUUCUGGGCAUGGAACCCAGACGGAGGAUAUGGAUGGUGAUGAGCAAGAUGGCCAGGACGAGGCAAUCUGCCCAGUUGAUUAUGAAACUGCUGGUCUGCUUAUUGAUGAUGACAUCCACGAGCUCCUUGUUCGCCCUCUCCCUUCGGGUUGCCGCCUUACAGCGAUAUUCGAUUCUUGUCAUUCUGCGACCGUCAUGGAUCUGCCUUACGUUUACGCCACCGACGGCACUGUCAAAGAGCCCGAUCUUCUAGCUGAAGCUUCUCAGGGCCUUCUCGGUACCGGUAUGGAUAUUCUUCGGGGAGACACCGGAGGAAUCAUGACUAGUCUGUUUGGAGCCGCGAAAAGCGCGUGGGCGGCCAAUAAAGCAGAAGAAAAGACGAAGAGGACAAAGACGAGCCCUGCGGAUGUUGUCAUGUGGUCGGGGUGUAAGGAUAACCAGACUAGCGCGGAUACUCAGGAAGAUGGUGAGGCCACUGGCGCCAUGUCCUACGCAUUUAUCUCCGCUCUCAACAAACGACCUAAUCAGAGCUACCAAGAGUUGCUCAUCGCGAUUCGAGAUGAGAUGAAGGGCAAAUACACUCAGAAACCUCAGCUUUCUGCUUGUCACCCGAUUGAUACGAGCUUGCUGUUCGCUGCUUGAGCCAUGAUGUUUUUGUCAUGUUGACGACGAAAUGGUGUGGAUGGGUUCAGGACUUAUGUGGAUUAUUGAAGAUCUCUAUAUAUAUGUAUAUACAUUCAAGUACAAGAAGGCAACGGUUUCAGUUAUC